AUGGCCUCUGCUUCAUCUAGAGCAAAGAAAGAUGUAGAAGAAAGUACCCACCACACCAUCCUGCACCAUUGGCCAGAUCCUGGUCACCUGGGUUGUGACCCCACCAUCUGCAGAGGUGGCACAGCCCGAUCCUGGUCGGAACGAGGAAGAUCUGGAGAUGUUGAGGUGUUUGGUCACCAAAAUUGGCUCAGGAAAGGAAAAUUCCAACCAAAAGAGCAUUUGGAGCAUUUAGUGGAGAAGCUGAAGCUCUUGUGUCUGGAUGGAGGCAAGGAGGAGAAGGAACAUCUCUGCUCAUGGUGCAAGAGAAUGGUCACCUUCAAGGGUGGUGCAAGAACAUCCAGCUGUGAUGGACCAAGAGCUCAUGGAGGUCCUGUAGAAGAACCCACCCAGGAGGACAGGGAGCAGAUACGUGGUGACCUGGAGAAGCUCCAGAAACAAAAGGAAGAGCUUUUGGAAUUGAAAAGAAGUGGAGAGAGGAGAUGCCAAGAGUAUUUGACACAGACCGAGGUCCAGAGGCAGAAGAUCGUGUCUGAGUUUCGAGAGCUGCGCCGGUUUCUGAAGGAUCAAGAACUUCUCCUCCUGGUUCAACUGGGAGAGUUGGACAGAGAGAUGAUGAAGAAGCAGGAGGAAGAGGAGACCAAGAUGUCUGGGGAGAUUUCACUCCUUGACAUCCUGAUCUGUGAGAUGGAGAAGAAGGUUGAGGAACCUACGAGUGGAUUCCUGCAGGAUGUCCAGAGAGCUGUGGACAGGUGGGAUGUGGGCAGUGCCUGGAGGACAACAAAGACCUUCUCAGACCUCGAGAAGAGGCUCCACGUCAUUUCUCAACAGAACAAUGUCCUCAGAGAGACCCUGAGGAGAUUUCAAGAUGUUUUACCAUCUGAACUGGAGAAAGAGCAAGGACCAUCUCUAGGAGGAGAUGGACCAGCAUUUGUGACUCUGGACCCUGCCACCUCCAACCCUCAACUCAUCCUGUCCCGGGACCGGCGAGGGGUGAGAUGGACAGAUGAAGAACAAGAUCUACCCACCACCCCUCAACGAUUCGAUGUCUCCUGCUGCGUGAUGGGCUACCAAGGCUUCACCACGGGGAGACACUGGUGGGAGGUGGAGGUGGCCAAAAGCAGGACCUGGGCGGUGGGGGUGGCCCGAUGCUCCGUGUCCAGGAAGGGUUGGGUUGAGUCUCAACCAGAGAAGGGGAUCUGGGUGGUGGGACGGUGUGGGAACCAAUAUCGCGCCUUCACUUCCCCCAUCACCAGUGGAGAAACUGGGAGGGUGGGGGUGACACUGGACUAUGAUGGGGGACAAGUGACAUUUCACUUCUCCAAGCAGGAGCCCCCCAUCUUUACCUUCCACAAGGUCUCGUUUGGUGGAGAAACCAUCUUCCCUUUCUUCUGGGUGGGGAGAUGGUCCCACCUCCACCUCUACCCAUGA